CCGAGCAGGCCGGACUUUCGAAAAUCGAAUUCGAUUUUUUUAUUUUUUUCGAUUGGAAAGGCCACUAGGACAUUAAAGUGAUUGUGGACUGGUGAAGUGAAAAUGUGUGAUCAUUGUGUUCAACGCUAGAGUAUAGUAAGGAUUUUUGUGCGUGAUUCACGCAUGUGAUAUGGUGUUUGGGCGAUGCAGCAGCAUUUCUGACAGUUGAACGUGAAUAAACAAGAUGGCGGAGGCGGAGGGGGGAGCGAGCGAGCAGGAUGAUGUUUCAUUCUUGCGUACGGAAGACAUGGUGUGCCUAUCAUGCACGGCGACCGGCGAACGAGUCUGUCUGGCGGCAGAGGGUUUCGGCAACCGACACUGUUUCCUAGAGAACAUCGCCGACAAGAAUAUACCCCCUGACUUGUCGCAGUGUGUGUUCGUCAUAGAACAGGCAUUGUCAGUGCGAGCUCUACAAGAGCUGGUCACAGCUGCCGGCUCCGAAACCGGUAAAGGCACAGGGUCUGGACACAGAACCUUGCUUUACGGCAAUGCUAUUCUACUGAGGCAUCUUAACAGUGACAUGUACCUAGCGUGUCUGUCAACAUCGUCGUCUCAAGACAAGCUGGCUUUCGACGUCGGUCUUCAGGAGCAUUCUCAAGGCGAAGCCUGCUGGUGGACUCUCCAUCCAGCCAGCAAGCAAAGAUCUGAGGGUGAGAAGGUGCGAGUGGGUGACGACCUUAUCCUCGUGUCUGUCGCUACGGAGAGAUAUUUGCACACAACCAAAGAGAACGAAGUAUCAAUAGUCAACGCGUCCUUCCACGUGACCCACUGGUCGGUCCAACCGUACGGCACCGGCAUAUCGCGAAUGAAAUACGUCGGAUAUGUCUUCGGUGGAGAUGUACUAAGAUUCUUCCAUGGGGGUGACGAGUGUCUUACUAUACCUAGUACUUGGAGCACAGAAGGGGGGCAGAACAUAGUGGUAUACGAAGGCGGUUCAGUGAUGUCCCAAGCCCGGUCUCUCUGGCGCCUCGAGCUUGCUCGAACGAAAUGGGCCGGUGGCUUCAUCAACUGGCUACAUCCUAUGCGUAUACGGCACAUCACCACUGGCAGAUACCUAGGAGUCAACGAUCAAAAUGAGCUGUAUCUUAUACAGAGAGACGAAGCCACAACAGCCUCCUGUGCCUUCUACCUCCGCCAAGAGAAGGAUGACCAGAAGGUGGUGCUGGAAGACAAAGACCUGGAAGUGAUAGGGUCCCCCAUCAUCAAGUAUGGCGAUUCCACUGUCAUUGUUCAACACUCGGAGACAGGACUCUGGCUGUCUUAUAAGUCGUAUGAGACAAAGAAGAAAGGCGUUGGUAAAGUGGAAGAGAAGCAAGCGAUACUUCACGAAGAAGGAAAAAUGGACGAUGGACUGGACUUCUCAAGGUCUCAGGAAGAAGAGUCGCGUACUGCUAGAGUCAUUAGGAAGUGUUCGUCGCUGUUUACUAAGUUUAUCACUGGCCUUGAAACACUACAAGAAAACCGCCGGCACUCAAUGUUCUUCGCGUCGGUGAAUCUUGGCGAGAUGGUCAUGUGUCUUGAGGAUCUGAUCAACUACUUCGCACAACCUGAUGAGGAAAUGGAACACGAAGAAAAACAGAACAAGUUCCGCGCCCUCCGCAACCGUCAGGACCUGUUCCAAGAAGAAGGCAUCCUGAACCUGAUCCUCGAAGCUAUCGACAAGAUCAACGUCAUCACGUCCCAAGGGUUCCUAGCCGGGUUCUUAGCUGGAGACGAGUCUGGGCAAAGCUGGGAAAUGAUCUCUGGAUACCUGUAUCAGUUACUUGCCGCCAUCAUAAAGGGCAACCACACGAACUGCGCGCAGUUCGCCAACUCUAAUCGUCUCAACUGGCUGUUCUCGCGUCUCGGCUCGCAAGCGUCUGGAGAGGGAACGGGCAUGCUGGACGUAUUACAUUGCGUGCUGAUCGACUCGCCUGAAGCGCUCAAUAUGAUGAGAGACGAGCACAUAAAAGUAAUCAUCUCCCUUCUCGAGAAGCACGGCCGCGACCCAAAGGUCCUCGACGUUUUGUGCUCUCUGUGCGUCGGUAACGGAGUGGCUGUGCGCUCCUCGCAGAACAAUAUCUGCGAUUAUUUACUGCCGGGGAAGAAUUUACUGCUGCAGACGGCUUUGGUGGACCAUGUGUCAAGUGUCCGUCCAAAUAUAUUCGUGGGUCGCGUGGAAGGAUCUGCCGUGUACCAGAAAUGGUACUUCGAGGUCACAAUGGACCAUAUUGAGAAGACUACUCAUAUGAUGCCGCAUUUGAGGAUAGGAUGGGCUAAUACUGCUGGCUAUGUACCUUACCCUGGCGGUGGUGAAAAAUGGGGCGGCAACGGAGUCGGUGACGACUUAUAUUCCUUCGGUUUCGAUGGAGCCAACCUUUGGUCUGGCGGACGCAAGACUGCAGUCAAUAGGAACUACACAGAUGAGCCGUAUAUUAGAAAAGGUGACGUCAUCGGCUGCGCACUAGAUCUCACCGUGCCGAUUAUCAACUUUAUGUUCAACGGCGUAAGGGUCACCGGGUCCUUCACGAAUUUCAACCUUGAGGGCAUGUUUUUCCCGGUUAUAAGCUGUUCUAGUAAACUGAGUUGCCGUUUCCUCUUAGGAGGCGAGCACGGUCGCCUCCGCUACGCGGCACCAGAGGGCUACUCACCCCUAGUGGAAUCCCUCAACCCUCAACAAGUAUUGAGUUUAGAGCCUUGCUUCUACUUCGGAAACUUGGCUAAGCGAGCUUUGGCUGGACCGCCUUUACUGCAAGAUGACACAGCAUUUGUGCCAACGCCAGUUGACACCACUUUGAUUACGUUGCCAUCGUAUGUGGAGCAAAUCAGGGAUAAAUUAGCAGAAAACAUUCACGAAAUGUGGGCCAUGAACAAGAUCGAAGCCGGCUGGAUGUAUGGCGAUCAGCGCGAAGACUUGCAUAAAAUACACCCGUGCUUGGUUCCCUUCGAAAGACUACCGGCCGCUGAGAAGCGAUACGAUAUCCAACUUGCUGUGCAGACGCUCAAUCCACUGGAUGACCUGUUUAUUUUAUUUCCACAGUCAAACGGCUACAAACCAGCACCUCUCGACCUGAGCGCUGUCACCCUGACACCGAAGAUGGACGAACUGGUCGACCAACUCGCCGAGAACACGCACAAUCUUUGGGCCAGGGAGCGCAUACAGCAGGGGUGGACUUACGGUCUCAAUGAGGACCCCGACAUGCACCGGUCUCCCCACUUGGUGCCGUAUCCCAAAGUGGACGACGCUAUCAAGAAAGCCAAUCGCGACACGGCAUCAGAGACUGUCCGUACGCUACUCGUUUAUGGGUACAUGUUAGAUCCGCCCACUGGUGAACAACAUGAAGCUCUCCUACUGGAGGCUUCGAAACAGAAGCAGGCUGACUUCCGUACAUACAGAGCUGAGAAGAACUACGCCGUCGGCUCUGGCAAGUGGUACUUCGAGUUUGAGAUACUGACUGCUGGGCCCAUGAGGGUUGGCUGGGCACACGCUGACAUGGCUCCCGGUAUGAUGCUGGGCCAAGACGAGAACUCCUGGGCUUUCGACGGAUACAAUGAGGAAAAAGUGUACAGCGGUAGUACGGAAUCGUUUGGCAAGCAAUGGGCGGUCGGUGACGUUGUCGGCGUGUUCCUAGAUCUGAUCGAUAAGACGAUAAGUUUUUCGCUCAAUGGCGAACUUUUAAUGGACGCCCUGGGUGGUGAAACUACGUUUGCUGACGUGCAAGGCGAUAAUUUCGUGCCCGCCUGUACCCUUGGAGUGGGACAGAAAGCCAGGUUGACAUACGGACAGGACGUUAACUCUCUGAAGUUCUUCACAAUGUGCGGUCUGCAAGAGGGUUACGAACCAUUCUGCGUCAAUAUGAAGAGAGACGUGACCCACUGGUACACCAAGGACCAGCCAAUUUUCGAGAACACUGAUGAGAUGAUUGACACCAGGAUCGAUGUCACCAGAAUACCGGCUGGAUCAGAUACGCCGCCCUGUUUGAAAAUAUCCCACAACACGUUUGAAACUAUGGAGAAGGCAAACUGGGAGUUCCUAAGGUUGUCACUGCCUGUCAUCUGUCAUGCUCAGUUUAUCGACGAGCAAGAAAAAGCCCGCCGCUGGGUAGAGAUCAAGGAGCGUCAACAGAUGCUGAUGAAAGAGGCCGCCGAUGCGCAAAUGCCGGCGCACAUCGACCAAAUCAUGCGCAGCGGCUUCACUAUGAACGACAUUAAAGGUCUCCACUACGACGAAGCUGACGAGCCGAAAAUGAGCUCAAACCUCAAGCGGCAGCCUUCCCGCCCCCCCCGCAAAGGCUCAGUGGGGAGAACCGUCACUAUACAGAAUUACAAUUUGCAGCCAGGGCAAGUUAACGGGAUGCAUCGUACUACGAGCGAGGCUGAAAUGUCGAAGUAUGAGCUGGGAGUUCAAAGCCCGCCGGAUGACAAGAAGGAUAAGAGGGGGCGGUCGCCUUUCAAGUUCUUCAAAAGCAAACGCGGUGAGAGUGGUGAUCGCUCCAAAUCGCGUAAAUCAAAAACACCGGAUCCCUUCAGCGACGGCGAGUUAUCUCCAGAGCGGUCCGGCAUGAGACGACCGAACCCACAGAUACGAGUGUCGCAGGCGAAUACAAGGUGCGAUGCCACCUACGGCCGGGCAAGCAAGCCGUACUUGUUUGACCAGGGCAAUACAAACCUCAACAACCUCCAAGUGCCAACCCCCCAGCAAGGUCGAAAGGAGAUGACGACCAGCACGCUCGCAGCAGCUCAAACUGAGAUGGUCGGCAAUGAAAUAUUCGACUCUGAAUGCCUUAAGCUUAUCAACGAGUAUUUCUACGGUGUCAGGGUAUACCCCGGUCAGGACCCAACACAUCUCUACGUCGGCUGGGUGACCACUCAAUACCACUUACACUCCCGUGACUUCAAUCAGAGCAAGGUCAUGAAAUCAUCCGUCAUCAUCACCGAUGACUAUGACCGGGUUAUUGAGAGUGUCGAACGUCAGUCCUGCUACAUGGUACGCGCUGACGAGCUAUACAAUGAGGUUAUGGCCGAGGCAGCCGGAGCCAAGGGUGCCUCGCAAGGCAUGUUCAUCGGAUGCUCGGUAGAUACCUCUACUGGCAUUGUAUCUUGGACUUGCGAAGGAAAGGACACCAGUUUCAAGUACAAGAUGGAGCCGGAAAUAAAGCUCUUCCCAGCCAUCUUCGUAGAAGCGACCUCCAAGGAAAUCCUCCAGAUCGAGCUCGGUCGCUCGACCACGAGUUUGCCGCUCAGCGCCGCCGUGUUGCCCACGAGCGACAAGCAUGUGACACCCCAGUUCCCGCCGCGGCUGAAGAUACAGUGCUUAAAGCCGCACCAGUGGGCUAGGGUCCCCAACCAGUCGCUUCAAGUGCACGCGCUCAAAUUGUCGGACAUCCGUGGUUGGUCCAUGCUGUGCGAAGACGCUAUCUCCAUGUUAGCCCUACAUAUACCUGAGGAGGACCGCUGCAUAGACAUCCUGGAGUUGAUCGAGAUGGACAAACUUCUCAGUUUCCAUUCACACACUCUGACGCUGUAUGCUGCCUUGUGCUAUCAGAGCAACUACAGGGCUGCACACGCACUUUGCCAGCAUGUUGACCAAAAACAACUGCUGUACGCUAUCCAGUCACAAUACAUGUCUGGACCGCUCCGCCAAGGGUUCUACGAUCUGCUCAUAGCGUUGCAUCUUGAGUCACACGCUACUACAAUGGAAACAUGCAAGAACGAGUUUGUAAUCCCCCUCGGUCCAGAACUGAAGGCGUUAUAUGAAGACCCUGACAUGCAGCACAGCCUUCGCUCUCUGCAGUGUGAGAGCGUACAUCCACAAAUGAAGAUGACAGAUAUUGCUGAAAACAUCUCAGACAUCAGCAACCUCUACUCGCCCAACUUCCCCUUAGAAGUGGUCCGCGAAUUCGUGAUGCAAGCAUUAGCUGAAGCUGUGGAAACGAAUCAAGUGCACAACAGGGAUCCUGUUGGUGGAAGCAACGAAAAUCUAUUCCUGCCUCUCAUCAAGUUAGUGGACCGUCUCCUGUUAGUCGGUAUGAUGCGUGAUGAAGACGUGGAGAAGCUCCUCAUCAUGAUCAACCCUGAAACUUGGGACCCCACCUUUGACAAAGAAGGCAAAGAUGAGCACCGCAAAGGCCUACUCCACAUGAAGAUGGCAGAAGGGGCGAAACUACAGAUGUGCUACCUUCUCCAGCAUCUGAACGAUGUACAACUGCGGCACAGAGUAGAAGCCAUCAUAGCGUUCGCGCACGACUUCGUUGGAGAUUUGCAGACUGACCAGCUUAGACGUUACAUCGAGAUUAAGCAAUCGGAUCUUCCCAGCGCUGUGGCUGCUAAGAAGACCAGAGAAUUCCGUUGCCCUCCUCGGGAACAGAUGAACGCCAUACUCAGUUUCAAGCACAUGGAUCUAGUAGAAGAGGCCGAGAAGGACAACAUCCCUUGCGGUGAGGAUCUGAUCGCUCGUAUGUCAGAGUUCCACGAGGGACUUAUGUCGCAUGUAUCUCUGUCUGCGUUGCAAGAACCUGAAGUGCCAGAAUCGACGGAACCGGAGGUGAAACCGGGAACGAUUGGCAAGAUAUACAACAUUAUCAACACUGUCAAAGAGCUGGACGAAGAACCUAAACCUAUUGAGGAGCCACCGCGUAAGACUCCAGAAGAGAAGUUCCGUAAAGUAUUGAUUCAAACCAUCGUCUCAUGGGCAGAAGAAGCACAGAUCGAAACUCCCAAACUAGUCCGAGAGAUGUUUAGCCUCCUAGUUCGUCAAUACGAUUCAGUCGGCGAGCUCAUCCGUGCGCUAGAAAAGACGUACGUGAUCAACGCGAAGACCAAACUGGACGUGGCCGAGAUGUGGGUGGGGCUGAGCCAGAUCCGGGCGCUGCUGCCUGUGCAAAUGAGCCAAGAGGAGGAGGAGCUCAUGAGGAAGCGGCUCUGGAAACUGGUUAACAACCACACAUUCUUCCAGCAUCCAGAUUUGAUUAGAGUACUCCGUGUCCACGAGAACGUGAUGGCAGUGAUGAUGAACACACUAGGACGCCGCGCGCAAGCUCAGUCCGACGCCGCCCCGGCCAGUCCACCCGCCGCCGAAGACAAGGAAAAGGACACGUCCCACGAGAUGGUGGUAGCGUGCUGUCGUUUCCUGUGCUACUUCUGCAGAACUGGUCGCCAGAACCAGAAAGCCAUGUUUGACCACUUCGACUUUCUUCUGGAGAACUCCAACAUUCUCCUGUCAAGACCUUCGCUACGAGGCUCCACGCCGCUAGAUGUCGCUUAUUCGAGUUUGAUGGAGAACACUGAACUAGCCUUAGCUCUAAGAGAGCACUACCUCGAGAAAAUCGCCAUCUAUCUCUCCCGCUGCGGUCUUCAGAGCAACUCUGAACUGGUCGAGAAAGGAUAUCCAGACUUGGGCUGGGACCCAGUGGAGGGUGAACGAUACUUGGACUUCUUGCGGUUCUGUGUCUGGGUGAAUGGUGAAAGCGUGGAAGAAAACGCCAAUCUCGUAAUCCGUCUACUAAUCCGUCGGCCGGAGUGCCUCGGGCCGGCGCUGCGAGGCGAAGGCGAGGGCUUGCUCAAGGCGAUUGUAGACGCAAACAAAAUGAGCGAGAGGAUAGCAGAUAGAAGGAAGCUUAGGGAGAUGGAGCAGGAGGGAGAUACUUCGUUUAGCCAUCCGCUCCCAGAAUCAGAUGAAGACGAAGAUUACAUUGACACUGGCGCCGCCAUCUUGAAUUUCUACUGCACACUUGUAGACCUGCUGGGAAGGUGUGCACCUGACGCAGGAGUUAUUGCUUUGGGCAAGAACGAAUCGCUACGAGCGCGCGCCAUUCUGCGUUCUCUUGUGCCGCUUGAAGACCUUCAGGGUGUACUGAGUCUACGGUUUACGCUGCACAACCCUGCUGCUGGCGAAGAGAGGCCUAAAUCAGAUAUGCCAUCUGGAUUGAUUCCUGGGCACAAGCAGAGCGUCGUGCUUUUUCUCGAGCGAGUGUACGGCAUUGAGACGCAAGAACUCUUCUACCGCCUUCUAGAAGAGGCGUUCCUUCCAGACUUGCGUGCCGCUACCAUGCUGGAUAGGAACGAUGGCUGUGAGUCAGACAUGGCUCUCUCCAUGAACCGAUACAUUGGCAACUCGAUCCUGCCUCUACUCAUCAAGCACGCCAACUUCUACAACGAAGCUGAGAACUACGCUAGCUUGCUUGAUGCUACCCUACACACGGUGUAUAGGUUAUCCAAGAACCGUAUGCUGACCAAAGGUCAGCGUGAAGCGGUUUCAGACUUUUUGGUGGCACUGACUUCUGCCAUGCAACCGUCUAUGCUGCUCAAGCUGCUGAGGAAACUUACUGUUGAUGUGUCUCGGCUAUCGGAGUAUACUACUGUUGCGCUCAGAUUACUAACCCUCCACUACGAACGCUGCGCAAAAUACUACGGUAGCUCCGGCUCCGGUGGUUCCUCAGACGAAGAGAAACGCCUGACCAUGAUGCUGUUCAGCAACAUCUUCGAUUCACUCAGCAAGAUGGACUACGACCCUGAACUGUUUGGGAAGGCGCUUCCUUGUCUCAUCGCUAUCGGUUGCGCUCUCCCGCCGGACUACUCUCUUGUCAAGAACUACGACGAUGAGUUCUAUGGCAAAGAACAACAAUCUACCGGCGGUCCAGACAACCCACAAUACGACCCGCAACCAAUCAACACUUCAUCAGUCGCGCUCAACAACGAUCUCAACACCAUUGUUCAAAAGUUCUCCGAGCAUUACCAUGACGCCUGGGCUUCAAGGAAAAUUGAGAACGGUUGGGUGUACGGCGAAUCAUGGUCGGAUAGUCAGAAGUCUCAUCCGCGUCUCAAGCCCUACAACAUGCUAAAUGACUACGAGAAAGAACGCUACAAGGAACCAGUCCGCGAAUCCCUAAAGGCUUUACUAGCCCUCGGCUGGUCUGUGGAACAUUCUGAAGUAGACCUGCCCAGUACUAAUAGGAGCUCCAUGAGAAGACAGUCCAAGUCUGGUGGCCAACAGCGCCCGACAGACAUUGUGACGGACUCAGCGACUCCAUUCAACUACAACCCACAUCCCGUUGACAUGACCAAUUUGACUCUGUCGAGGGAAAUGCAGAAUAUGGCCGAACGGUUAGCUGACAACGCUCACGAUAUCUGGGCUAAGAAGAAGAAGGAAGAACUUACUACAAACGGAGGCGGCAUCCACCCUCAACUAGUUCCCUACGAUCUCCUAACCGACAAAGAAAAGAAGAAAGACCGAGAACGCUCCCAAGAGUUCCUCAAAUACCUCCAAUACCAAGGCUACAAGCUACAUCGCCCCAGCAAAGCUCAACAGAGCGACACAGAACAGACCACUACGGGUGUAGCAAUCGAACUCAGAUUCGCUUACUCAUUGCUUGAGAAGUUGAUACAGUAUAUCGAUAGAGCGACGAUUAAUAUGAAGUUAUUGAAACCGUCGACUACGUUUAGCAGGAGGACCAGUUUUAAGACUAGUACGAGGGAUAUUAAGUUCUUUUCUAAGGUGGUCCUGCCUCUCAUGGAGAAAUACUUCUCAACGCAUCGCAACUACUUCAUAGCCGUAGCAACGGCGACCAACAACGUCGGUGCUGCCAGUUUGAAGGAGAAAGAGAUGGUAGCAGCGCUGUUUUGUAAGCUAGCUAGCUUGCUGCGAUCUAGGCUGGCAGCUUUUGGCCCAGACGUCAGGAUCACGGUCCGGUGUCUGCAGGUGCUUGUCAAGGGCAUCGACGCGAAGUCUCUCGUCAAGAACUGUCCUGAAUUCAUCAGGACUUCUAUGCUGACCUUCUUCAACAAUGUGGCUGAUGACUUGGGGCACACUAUACUGAAUUUACAGGAUGGAAAAUAUGCACACCUUCGAGGUACACAUCUAAAAACAUCAACGUCCCUAGGCUACAUUAAUGGUGUAAUUCUUCCCGUCUUGACGGCGAUGUUCGACCAUCUUGCCAACUGCGAGUACGGCGCCGAUCUGCUUCUGGAUGAGAUCCAAGUGGCAUCGUACAAGAUCCUCGGCUCCUUAUACACUUUGGGAACCGACGCGACUCUCACACACGACAGGAAAUAUCUCAAGACUGAAAUAGAGAGACAUAAGCCAGCAUUGGGUUCCUGUUUGGGUGCCUUCAGCUCUACAUUCCCGGUGGCGUUCUUGGAGCCCCAUCUCAACAAGCACAAUCAGUUCUCGCUGCUCAACCGUAUUGCAGAUCACUCGCUUGAGGCCCAAGAUAUAAUGGCCAAGAUGGAGCAAUCCAUGCCCACACUAGAGACCAUUCUCGGCGAGGUCGACCAGUUCGUCGAGUCAGACAAAACCUACGUGGAAGCUCCUCAUAUUAUUGACGUAGUAUUGCCACUACUAUGCUCUUACUUGCCAUUCUGGUGGGCUCAGGGGCCCGACAACGUCACUCCUACUCAAGGGAAUCACGUUACCAUGGUAACAGCGGAACACAUGAAUCAGCUUCUCAAGAACGUUCUCAAACUCAUCAAGAAGAACAUUGGCAACGAAAACGCGCCGUGGAUGACGCGCAUUGCUACUUACACUCAACAAAUCAUUAUUAACAGUUCUGAAGAACUUCUCCGUGACGUGUUCUUGCCGCUGGCGGAGAGAGUGCGCAAGCGCACGGACACCAUGUUCCACAAAGAGGAGAGCUUGCGAGGUUUCAUCAAGUCUUCAACGGAUGACACCUCACAAGUGGAAUCCCAGAUUCAGGAAGAUUGGCAACUCCUAGUUCGCGACAUCUACUCCUUCUAUCCAUUGCUUAUCAAAUACGUGGACCUGCAGAGGAACCACUGGCUCAGGAAUAAUGUCAACGAGGCUGAGGAGCUAUACAAUCACGUUGCUGAGAUAUUCAACAUCUGGUCCAAGAGUCAGUACUUCCUAAAGGAAGAGCAGAACUUCAUAUCCGCCAACGAAAUUGAUAACAUGGUUCUGAUCAUGCCUACAGCUAGCAGAAGGGUGACAACAGUUGUUGACGGAGCCCCGCAAGGCGGUGGCAAGAAAAAGAAGAAGCAUCGCGACAAGAAGCGAGAUAAGGAUAAGGAAGUCCAAGCCUCCCUCAUGGUAGCGUGUCUGAAACGUCUCUUGCCAGUCGGUCUCAACCUCUUUGCUGGACGAGAGCAGGAGUUGGUGCAGCACUGCAAAGACCGCUUCCUCAAGAAAAUGUCAGAACAAGACGUGGCUGAGUUUGCGAAGAUCCAACUCACGCUACCUGAUAAGAUCGAUCCUGCGGACGAGAUGUCCUGGCAACAUUAUCUGUAUAGCAAACUAGGCUCAAAGAGCAAGGCAGCUGUGGCUGAUAACACAGCAGAAACCAAAGCGAAGAUCAUCGACGACACAGUGGAAAGAAUAGUCGCCAUGAGCAAAGUACUCUUUGGGUUGCAUAUGAUCGACCAUCCCCAACAAAUGAGUAAGAACGUGUAUCGCUCCGUGGUAUCUAUUCAGCGGAAGCGAGCCGUCAUCGCCUGCUUCAGAUGUCUAUCCUUACAUUCUCUUACAAGGCACCGAGCAUGUAAUAUAUUCGCAAGGACGUAUUAUGAGUUGUGGUUGGAAGAGGAAAACAUCGGACAAGAGGUCAUGAUCGAAGAUUUGACGCAAUCGUUCGAAGAUGCAGAAUUGAAAAAGAGCGAUGUAGUGGAAGAGGAAGGCAAACCCGACCCUCUCACUCAGCUGGUCACCACUUUCUGUAGAGGGGCUAUGACUGAGCGGUCCGGCGCUUUACAGGAGGAUCCCCUAUACAUGUCGUACGCACACAUCAUAGCGAAGUCCUGCGGAGAAGAGGAAGAAGAAGGGGGCGGGGAGGAAGAAGAGGGGGGCGGGGAGGCGGAGGCGGCCGGGGAAGAAGAGAGCAAAGCUAGUAUACAUGAGCAAGAAAUGGAAAAACAGAAGCUUCUCUUCCAUCAAUCCCGCCUCGCUGACCGUGGGGUGGCGGAAAUGGUGCUACUCCACAUCUCAGCCUCUAAAGGCAUUCCUAGUGAUAUGGUUAUGAAGACAUUGCAACUUGGUAUCUCUAUACUCCGCGGAGGCAAUAUUGACAUACAAAUGGGUAUGCUAAACCACCUGAAAGACAAGAAGGACGUCGGUUUCUUCACGUCGAUCGCUGGCCUCAUGAACUCUUGCUCUGUGCUGGAUCUAGACGCUUUCGAGAGGAAUACUAAAGCUGAAGGUCUGGGAGUUGGUUUGGAAGGUGCAGCCGGUGAAAAGAACAUGCAUGACGCUGAAUUCACAUGUGCACUGUUCCGAUUCAUACAACUGACCUGUGAAGGUCACAACUUGGAAUGGCAGAACUACCUCCGUACUCAAGCCGGUAACACGACUACGGUAAACGUAGUCAUCUGCACUGUCGACUACCUGCUGCGACUACAGGAGUCUAUCAUGGACUUCUACUGGCAUUAUUCUAGCAAGGAACUGAUCGACCCGGCGGGCAAGGCCAACUUCUUCAAGGCCAUCGGGGUAGCGUCCCAAGUGUUCAACACGCUCACUGAAGUCAUCCAGGGCCCGUGUACGCAGAAUCAGCAGGCGUUAGCGCAUUCCAGGUUGUGGGACGCUGUAGGAGGUUUCUUGUUCCUGUUCUCCCACAUGCAAGAUAAACUGUCCAAGCAUUCGUCCCAAGUAGACUUGCUGAAGGAACUCCUCAAUCUACAGAAGGACAUGAUUACCAUGAUGUUGUCUAUGCUUGAAGGAAACGUUGUCAAUGGUACAAUCGGAAAGCAGAUGGUGGACACGCUCGUAGAAAGCGCUGGCAAUGUGGAGCUGAUCCUCAAAUACUUCGACAUGUUCCUGAAGCUCAAGGACCUGACUUCGAGCGCCAGUUUCAUGGAGAUCGACGCUAAUAGCGACGGCUGGGUGCUGCCUAAGGACUUUAAGGAGAAGAUGGAACAGCAGAAGAGUUAUACUCCCGAAGAAAUAGAGUUCCUCCUCGCCUGCUGCGAGACGAACCACGACGGCAAGAUGGACUACAUCGGGUUCUGCGACCGCUUCCACGAGCCCGCGAAGGAGAUCGGCUUCAACCUGGCCAUCCUGCUGACCAACCUCUCCGAGCACAUGCCCAAUGAACCUAGAUUGGCCCGAUUCCUGGAAACCGCUGGCUCCGUCCUGAACUAUUUCGAGCCUUUCCUCGGCCGUAUCGAGAUCAUGGGCGGCUCUAAACGCAUCGAGCGAGUUUACUUCGAGAUCAAGGAGGAAAACAUUGAGCAGUGGGAGAAGCCGCAAAUUAAGGAAUCCAAACGCGCUUUCUUCUACAGCAUAGUAACAGAAGGCGGUGACAAGGAGAAGCUAGAAGCGUUCGUCAAUUUCUGCGAAGACGCCAUCUUUGAGAUGACGCACGCGUCAGGACUCAUGGCGGCUUCCGAGGAGCAGGGCGGAGGACCGAAGAGCAGAGAAGCGGCUUAUAUGUAUCUGGGGGAUGAUGAUGAUGAGAACAAAGGCAAAGACCCCUUCCGCCGCGGCCUCCAAUCUAUAAAGGACGGCUUCGCCACCGCAUUCUCGUCCCUAUCCCCAGCGAACAUAAAGUCCAAAAUCGCGGACAUGCAGCAAAUGCCCCCGGCGGAGUUAGCCGUUGGAUUUUUCAAGAUGUUCUUCUAUCUGUUCUAUUAUAUGGGAUAUGCGUGCUUAGUGGUUAUAAGGUACAUUUUCGGCGUACUCCUCGGCCUAAUGCGAGGCCCGCAGACAGAGGAAGUGCCGCCAGAACCCACGGAGGAGGAGAAAAUUGGUCCAUCAAGGAUGCUACCAGCAUUGCCGGCGGCGGAUGACACGGGGCAAAUGCAGGUCUCUGCCUUCGGUCUGGAUAUUUCCAAAGAAGACAACGGCCAAAUCCAAGUGAAACCGCACGAGUCCCCGACCACAUCAACGCCAUCUUCCGGCGAGGAGGCGGAAGCUUCACCCGACGAGGCAGUCGAACACUCUGAGGAGCAACAGCCGCCAUCUUUGAUCGACCUGCUCGGUGGAGAACAAGCGAAGAAGCAAGCGCAAGAGAGAUUGGAAGCCCAGGCUGCGCAGCAAGCUGCUAUGUCUGCUAUCGAAGCGGAGAGUAAAAAGGCAGUGCAAGGCCCUACUCAAUCGGCCGUCUCUCAAGUGGACAUCUCUCAAUACACCAAGCGAGCUGUUUCCUUCCUUGCAAGGAAUUUCUAUAACUUGAAGUACUGCGCGCUCAUCCUGGCUUUCUGUAUCAACUUUGUGCUGCUCUUCUAUAAGGUGUCAACGCUGGAAGGUGAUGACGAGGGCUCGGGUCUCGGAGACAUCGUCAGCGGCUCAGGGUCGGGGGCAGGAUCUGGUAGUGGAGAUGGAAGUGGCGAAUCAGGCGAGGACGAGGACCCAAUAGAAAUAGUUCACAUCGACGAAGAUUUCUUCUACAUGGAGCACGUCAUCAAAGCGGCCGCGGUUCUACACUCUGUCGUCUCUUUAGCUAUCCUCAUCGGUUAUUACCAUCUCAAGGUGCCCUUAGCGAUCUUCAAGCGCGAGAAAGAGAUAGCACGACGCCUCGAAUUCGACGGUCUCUACAUCGCGGAACAACCCGAAGAUGAUGAUAUUAAGAGCCAUUGGGACAAACUUGUCAUUUCUGCCAAAUCGUUCCCCGUCAACUACUGGGACAAGUUUGUCAAAAAGAAAGUCCGUACGAAGUACUCAGAGACGUAUGACUUUGACAGCAUUUCUAACAUGCUCGGUAUGGAGAAAACUUCCUUCGCCGCUCAUGAGGAGACUGGGAAUAAGGGCUUCUUCCAAUCUUUCCUCAACCUGGACUGGCGCUACCAACUCUGGAAGGCCGGCGUGACCUUCACGGACAAUUCGUUCCUGUACUCGCUGUGGUACUUCUGCUUCUCCGUGAUGGGCAACUUCAACAACUUCUUCUUCGCUGCGCAUCUUCUAGACGUGGCUGUCGGCUUCAAGACGCUCAGAACCAUCUUGCAGUCCGUCACGCAUAACGGGAAGCAGUUGGUGUUAACAGUGAUUCUGCUAACCAUCAUAGUGUACAUAUACACUGUGAUAGCGUUCAACUUCUUCAGAAAGUUUUACGUGCAAGAAGAAGACGACGAAGUGAACAGGAACUGUCAUGACAUGUUGUCGUGCUUCGUAUUCAACAUCUACAAAGGAGUGCGCGCAGGCGGCGGUAUCGGUGACGAGCUGGAGCCGCCAGACGGUGAUGACUCAGAAGUGUGGCGCAUCAUCUUUGACGUUUCCUUCUUCUUCUUCAUCAUCAUUAUCCUGCUGGCUAUCAUUCAGGGUUUGAUCAUCGACGCCUUCGGUGAACUCCGUGACCAAUUGGAGUCAGUGAAAGAAGACAUGGAGUCCAACUGCUUCAUUUGCGGCAUGGGCAAGGACUAUCUAGAUUUGGUACCGCACGGUUUCGACACGCACGUGCAACGGGAGCAUAAUCUUGCGAACUACAUGUUCUUCCUUAUGCAUCUCAUCAAUAAACCAGACACUGAAUACACAGGUCAAGAGACGUACGUAUGGAAUAUGUACACUCAGCGUUGCUGGGACUUCUUCCCUGUUGGAGACUGCUUCCGCAAACAGAACGAGACCGAGAUGACCGAGUGAAUGAAUGGUUAAAUACGGUUCACAAUCCUAGAGACUACAAUACUCGCUCGAAGGACCAUCUUAAAACUGUAAGGGCCACUUGCACCAACGAAAAUGGAGGGUUAACCCACCAUUUUAUAUGGAAUUUGACAGAUGACAGCCCACUAACCCUGAGUUAAGUGGUUGGUGCAAGUGUGCUUAAGAGAAUGAGUAAAUUACUAAAUAGUACUUAAAAAAAAACGAAUAACAAUUUUAAAUACUAGAGACUAAAAUAUAUGGCUCGAAGGACCAUUUGUUUGGUAUGAUCAAAAUAGGUAAUAGGAGAAAACCGAGAUAAACGAGCGAAUAUUUUUUUUCUCUCAAAAUACCCGAUCUGAAGGACACAAGAUUCAUAAUCAUGACAUCCGAUUUAGAGGACCGUUUUGUUUAGGUACCUAUCCAUUUUAUUUAUGUGGAUCAAUACUUCUUUGUUUUCUAGCUAUUUAAGAAAUUUGAUCACUUACUUAUACCUAUAUAUGUAUGUAUAUCACAUAAGUAGUUCACACAAGACCGUUUUGAUGCUUGUCAUUGUAAUCUCUAGGAUUUAAACAAUGGCGCUUUUGAAAUAGACACUAGGAUCUAAAAACCGGAAUUUUUCUCUAAACCGGUUUACAAUAAAAAGAGCCAAUCUUCAUGCCUUAGACGGCAUAUUUUUGUAAACCUUAGAUAUAAUUAUAAAUAUCUAUAAGAAUGAAAAAACGCAGUAUGAAUGCGGCUACUAAAAAUAUCAAUUUAAGCUUUUGCUCAAAAUUGACGCCAAAAACUAAUCAAUUUGGUCUAUCAGUGCAUUUCUAUAACUAGCUUCAGUACUUAUUUAUAUCAAAAUGUUCAAAGUCAAUUAUGUAUGUAGAAAUUUUGAAAACAGAGAUAUACGAGUAUAUCUAAAUAGAGAAAUAUUUAAUGCACAAAGUUUCUAAUCUAGUCGCUAAUAUUUAAACAAAGCACAAAGAUACAAUUAUAAAAUAUAAAUUAUUUAAAUUAUGCCAAAGACUUAUAAAAGUAAGUUUGGAAAAAUCAUGUCUUAAUGACAGUAGAUGUCACUACUCAGAUAAUCAUUUUUGGUAACUCUGAUUGCCAAAAGAUGGCAGUUAAGUCGUUAAAACAUACAGCGCCAUCUAGUUUUGAGUGUCAAACUCAGUGGCAUUUUUUAUAUUUAUCUCAAUAACUCUUUGGUAUUUGAUAUGUUUGUGCUUUGCUCUUUAUAGUAUUAAAAGAAAGUUCAAAAUAUUCUUCAUCUAAUAGAUAAAUGAGAAAUAUGUUUAUAUCAAGUUUAUCUAACUUCCAUAUAUAAUAAGGUGGCCUUUCCAAGUAAUAUUUUUUAAAAGUUUCGAUAUAGUUUAUGUAAGAUAAUAUAAAGUAACUGUUAAUGAAAUAAAUAUUAAUUUAUUGCCA